AUGUCAUCAAUAGCUUAUGGUACAGUUCCAACCACCAAAUCCGCAGUUUGUUUCAGAAAACACUCAAAGUCUCCAACUUUUUCAUCUCUGUUUCAUCCAUCUUCUUCUUCUUCUUCUUCUUCUCGGUUAAUGUUAUCAUCGUUAUCUUCUUCCUCGUCUGCAAAACUCCUAAACUCUAACAAUGGUUCCUCAGUUUCUUCAUCCUCUUCCUCCUCUCCUAAACCCUUCAGACCCGUUAUGCACAGAAGAGAAGCUGAUAGACUUGAAGAAGAAAGACUCCGCCAAGUCCAAUGGCAAGACGUCAUGGUGAAGAUGGUAGUGGAUGCCCCAGCUUCCGUAGCUUACAAGUUAUACGCUGAUCGUGAAUUGUUCCCCAAGUGGAUGCCGUUUUUGUCAUCUGUUGAGGCAGUGGAGGGCAGUCCAGAUUUAUCGCGUUAUUUGGUGAAACUCGAGCGUUUUGGACAAAAUGUCGAAUAUCAUUUUCUCGCAAAAAAUCUACAGCCAAUUCCGGAUCGAAAGCUGCAUUGGAGAUCUAUCGAAGGCUUUGCAAAUAGAGGCAGUGUUCGAUUUUUCCCUCGAGGCCCUUCUUCGUGCUUAGUAGAGAUUAAUUUUUCAUUUGAAGUUCCACUUGGUUUAGCUCCAGUUGCAUUUUUAAUGAAACCGUUUAUGGAGAAACUUAUUCGUGGAGGAUUGGAACGAUUUGCUGCCUUCGUGAAGACCACUUAA